UUGACCGUCUUUCUGAGCUGAUAGAUUUAAACUCAAAUUUUCCUCGACUAGGUCAUCAACACCAUGUUGCGAACAACGCUGUUAAGUAAGCAUGGACAGAAGUUCGAGCGUAUUUGCAAAAGUACAAGACAUCUUAAUAGUAAUCGAAGAUGCCUGUCAUCCCUUCAUAAAGACUUAGAUGGCAAAGAAUCCAGAAAAGGCGCAUUUAAUUAUCGUAGUCAGCUAAAAAAUGCCAAGCGAGUUGUGGUCAAGUUAGGUUCUGCUGUUGUAACACGUGCAGACCAAUCCGGAUUAGCUCUCGGACGAUUAGCGUCAAUUGUGGAACAGGUAUCUCAUAUUCAAAAUGAAGGAAAAGAAUGUCUUGUGGUUUCGAGUGGCGCUGUGGCUUUCGGAAAGCAAAAACUGAAAGCCGAAAUGAAAAUGUCUAUGUCUAUGAGAGAGACAUUAUCACCAUUGGAGAGUGGAUUCAAGGCUGUAGGGUUGAAUCGUGAGCCUAGAGCUGCUGCGGCCGCAAUUGGACAAAGUGGCAUUGUUGCGUUGUUUGAUGUAAUGUUCAGUCAGUAUGGUGUUUCUAUAGCACAAGUGCUGGUAACGAAGCCUGAUUUUUAUAAUCCGGAGAGCCGCUACAACUUGAAAAAUACUGUUUUGGAGCUACUAGGCCUAAACAUUAUCCCUAUCGUUAACACAAAUGAUACCGUUGUUCCUCCAGAUCAUGAUUAUGCUGCCGAAGGAGCAAAAUAUAAUCAAACUGGAGCAGUGAUGAAUAUUAAAGAUAACGACAGCCUUGCAGCUCAUUUAGCUGUAGAAGUUGAUGCUGAUCUGCUCAUACUGAUGAGUGACGUGGACGGUAUCUAUACCUCACCACCAGGUGAUGAUGGUUCUCGACUAUUGCACAGUUACUGCCCACCACUGGAUGGUAACGUCAUAUAUGGCGUAAAAUCAGGUGUCGGUUUAGGAGGAAUGGAGUCAAAGGUUCAAGCUGCAAGCUGGGCUCUGGAGCGAGGAGUUGCAGUAGUUAUCUGCAACGGUACUGCGGAUCAAGCUAUAAGUCGUAUCUUUGAAGGCAAAAAAAUAGGAACUUUUUUCACAGAUCAUAAAAGUUCGACAGAGCCGGUGGAAAACCUUGCGGUGAAAGCAAGGAGAGGGGGAAGACGAUUGCAGGAAUUAUCAAGUUACCAACGUGCAGAAAUUAUUUUAACAAUAGCUGACUUUCUGGAAAACAGAGAAGAUCAAAUACUGGAAGCCAAUUCUAAGGACAUUCAACUAGCAGAAGAAACAGGCUUGUCUACACCUCUUCUGUCUAGACUUAGCCUUAACCACGCUAAACUAAACAGCUUAGCAGAUGGUUUACGCCAGAUAGCCGAAUCAUCUCAUAAAGUUUUAGGGAGACUGUUAAGAAGGACACAAAUUGCUGAGGGAAUGGAGCUUCAACAAAUAACUGUUCCGAUUGGGGUCUUAUUAGUAAUUUUUGAAUCUCGUCCAGACUGUUUACCGCAGGUUACUGCUUUAGCUAUUGCUUCGGGAAAUGGCUUAUUACUUAAAGGAGGCAAAGAAGCAAAUCACACAAACGCCUAUCUUAUGAAAUUGGUUGAAGACGCACUCGCACAGCAUGACGCUAAAGACGCUAUUUCCUUGGUGAACAGCAGAGAAGAUGUUGGAGAAUUGCUUCAGAUGGAAAAUUACAUUGAUUUAGUGAUUCCAAGAGGUUCCUCUGAAUUGGUCAAAAAUAUUCAGCAACAAAGUCAUGGCAUACCGGUGUUAGGUCACAGCGAAGGAGUCUGCCAUGUUUACAUAGAUGAACACGCAGACAAAGAUAUGGCAAAGAAAAUAAUUAAAGAUUCUAAAACCGAUUAUCCCGCUGCAUGCAAUGCGAUGGAAUGCCUCCUCCUUCACAGAUCACAUUUAAGUAACAACUUCUUUGAGAAUAUUUGCAACGCUUUGAAGAAAGAAGGUGUCAAUCUUUAUUCGGGACCACGUCUUCACAAUUCCUUGACAUUUGGGCCACCACCAACUAAGUCACUGAGAACAGAGUAUGGGUCAUUAGACUGCUGCGUGGAAAUUGUAGAUGGCGUUGAAAGUGCCGUCAAUCACAUCAAUACGUAUGGUAGUGCACAUACGGACGUUAUUAUUACUGAAGAUGAUGAAGCAGCAAAGAAAUUUUUGCAAAGUGUAGAUAGUGCUUGCGUAUUCCACAACUGCAGUAGCAGAAUGUCUGACGGUUAUCGUUUCGGAUUGGGUGCUGAGGUUGGCAUCAGCACCACCCGGAUUCAUGCACGUGGACCUGUUGGGGUGGAAGGUCUGCUGACUACAAAAUGGGUAUUAUAUGGAUCUGGAAAUACAGUUGCCGAUUUUAAUGCUGGGAAAAUGAAAUACAUACAUGAAUCCUUACCACUAGAAUCCUGAAGGUGUUUUUUCUUACAUGAAAAAUUUGAUUUAUAGAGGCUUUCUAACCGCUCCUUUCAUGUGAAACGUACCGUUAUAUAUAUUUGCAAAAGAGCUGCAAUAUCAACUCUUGGCGCCAUAAUGGCCGUUGCGUUUUUAUGAAGCUCCUUAUAUUGUUUGCGCAUUUGUCUCCGGUCACUGCGCAAACAUUUCCGCAAGCAAAACACCUGCUGCUAAGAGAUUUUCCUUGCUCAGAGCAAGUUUUUAGCGAAGAAAAGUUUGUAUUUUCUGGUACAGACUACAGACUUUAGUACUGUAACAUGAAAACGUGGAACUGAAGCGAUUUGUUUAUUGACAAUAGCAAUGGACAAUAGGGAAAUUUUUACAUUUAUUUGAAAUGUUCUUUUUAAAAUAACGCUUAAAGAACUUGAUCAUCAUUUAAAAACAUAAGAGGAAUUUUAAAGGAGCGUUCAGGUAAUUAAGGCUUUUUAUGCAAAUACUUAUAGUUCUUCUGAAGAACUUCUUUACUUCAUUUGCUAUUGUAAAAACUAAAAGCUUCCUGAAUUCAAUUUACUAUCAAUGCAAAUGCUUAAUAAAUGUUUCGUC